AAACCACUCUCGAGGCGGUUUUCUUCUCUUGGUUGAAAGAACAAUCUCGGGGAUGUUGGGGCUUCUUCCAUCUGAUAGGUUUCAGGUUCAUAUUGAAUCUCUUUGGGAACCUUUGUCUAAGCUUUUGGUAUCUUCAAUGAUGACUGGGUAUACAUUGAGGAAUGCUGAAUAUCGGCUUUUUCUUGAAAAAAAUCUUGAUAUGAGUGGUGAAGACUUGGAAAGCCGCACUUCGGAAAAUACUGAAUACGAUUUGGAAGGGACGUUGACUGAUGAAGAUAAUGAUUCAUCCAAAAGGGAUAGCAUAACUCAGAGCCUUUCUGAAACGAUUGAUGAAGAAGGUUUAGGCAGAGUAUCCUCUGAAGCUCAAGAAUAUAUCUUUCGUUUGCAGUCACAAUUGUCUUCUAUGAAAAAGGAAUUACAAGAAAUGAGGCGAAAGAACGCUGCCCUACAAAUGCAACAAUUUGUUGGCGAAGAGAAGAAUGAUUUGUUGGACUAUUUAAGAUCUUUGCAACCUGAGAAGGUAGCUGAGUUGUCGGAACCUGCGGCUCCUGAGGUUAAAGAGACAAUUCAUUCUGUUGUUCACGGUCUUUUGGCAACUCUAUCACCGAAGAUGCACUCCAAGUUUCCAGCAUCAGAAGUGCCACCUACUGAAACGGUGAAAGCAAAAAGUGAUGAAGAUUGUGCUGAACUUGUAGAGAACACCUCGUUGCAGUUUCAGCCUCUUAUCUCACUGACUCGAGACUACCUUGCUCGUCUUCUCUUCUGGUCCAUGCUAUUGGGACAUUACCUCAGAGGUUUGGAAUAUCGAAUGGAACUGAUGGAGGUCCUGUCUUUGACGUGUGAUGCCAAUGGGUCUGAGAACGUUGCUUGAAGCUAUCUUUACAUAUCUCAACGUUGUCUUACAUGCGUAUCACCGGCCUUGACAUUCUUAAACCAACAAAGUGGGCAAGUGACUAAGAGAAAGGCCAACCUUUGAGCUUUAGCUCCUGCACAUACAUGCAACUUGGUGCUGGCCUGAAAAUUCUGUGCGAGGUAAAGUGUAACAUAAGAAAUCACUUCUGCUAAAAUUAGUUUUCGUUGCAUUAUCGUGUGAUGGACCUGCAAAGCAAUAAAGCUAAGUGUAAUUG